AUGUAUUCUUUACUAUUAUUAUUGCCCUUGGUCUCUCCGCUGGUCAAAUCCGCUGCAAUUCGCUCUGUAGAUUUGGCUGGCUAUGUCUUGACCGAUACGGGAACGAUCAAUGGCGGAAACACGUUCCCAGGCGUUUCCCGUCCUCUGGGCAUGGUCAAGCUCGGUCCUGAUCUCUAUUCGGGCACCGAUGCCUACUCUGGCUAUCUGCCGAAUGGCAACUUUACGGGCUUCACCAUGCUCCAUGAGAGCGGCACCGGAGGCGCUCCGAAAUACGGCGUCGUCUCCCAGAUGCCUGUCCUUGGAGCCGUGCAGAACCCUUUAAGCGAUGCCAUCAACGACACCCGUGCCGCGCCUGAUGUCACGGAGAUUGGGUACUACAAAGCAAGCCUUGGCUCCGGAACUGUCUUGGAGAUGGCGGCCACCAACAAGGCCGGCAUGUUUCAGUAUACCUUCCCUACCAAUGGCCUAGCUCGCAAUGUCCUUGUUGACGUCUCCCACGUUUUGUCGUCCUACCGUGGACAGGGCCUGGAACAGCACUUCCUGGGAGGCAGCAUCAAUGUUCACAAUGACACCAAGGCCGGAUAUUAUUACUAUACUGGCAAUGGAACCUAUGAUAAUGGAUGGAACAGAGCUGCCCCCUGGACAGUCCAUUUCUGUGGCUACUUUGAUUCGCCAGCUACGUACAAGACCUUUCUUGGAGCGGACCGAACCUCGGCCAAUCUGGUCGAGUAUGGUCAAAAGACCAGCUACAGCUCCACGACCGCCAGACUCGGCGCCGUUUUCAGUUUUUGGAAGAGCUCUGUGACCUCCCGGGUUGGCGUUUCGUUCGUGUCCGAGGCGCAAGCCUGUGCCAAUGUCAAGGCUGAGAUUCCCCUCGGAACGUCUCUUGCGACGGUUCGCCAGGGAACGCGAGAUGCGUGGAACUCGCAAGUCUUGCAAAAGGUGACAACCAGUGAAACCAACGUCACCAAGCUCAACCAGCUCUAUACCGCCUUGUAUUUCAUGCAUCUAUUGCCGACGAACAAGACGGGCGAGAACCCUCUGUGGCAAUCCCAGGAGCCCUACUACGAUGAUAUCUUUACCUUCUGGGAUACACAUCGCUGCACAACCCCUUUGCUCCACAUCCUCCAGCCCAACUAUCAUGAGGAGCUCAUAAGAUCCAUGAUCGACAUCUAUCGUCACGAAGGCUACGUGUCAGAUGCGCGCUCUUCCUUCUUCAACGGCGCGGUCCAGGGCGGCUCCAACUGCGACAACGUGUUUGCGGAUGCCUUCGUCAAGGGUGUGCGUGGCAAGGUCGACUGGGAGGGUGCCUACGCCGCCAUGGUCAAGAAUGCUGAAGUCGCUCCGCCGAACAACAAUGAUCCGCGAGACCGCACCAGCUCGACCAAGGAGGGACGAGGUGCCCUGCCAGACUGGCUCAAAUACGGCUACAUUACUCCUACGUAUGGACGAUCUGUGAGCCGUGCUGUUGAAUACUCGGUAAACGACUUUGCGGUGGCCACCGUCGCCAACGGUCUCGGUCUGCAGAACGACUUCCAAAAGUACCUCAACAGAUCUCACAACUGGCGCAACCACUGGAACACCAACAUGACGGCUCUCGGCUUCUCGGGCUUCCUCGGCCCACGCAACGCCAACGGCUUCCUCGCCCAGGACCCCCUUUCCUGCGGCGGCUGCUACUGGGCAGACUACUACUACCAAGCCCUUCCCUGGGAGUACUCGUUCAACGCCCACCACGACCUCGACACCAUCAUCAAGUACUCGGGCGGCGCGGACACCUUUGUCAAGCGCCUAGAAAUGACCUUCCAGCCCGGCGUCUACUCGGGCAACGGCGCCUUUGGCAACACAAUCUUCAACCCGGGCAACGAACCCAGCUUCACGACCCCUUACCUGUACAACUUUGUCAACAGGCAGGACCUCGCCGUCCAGCGCAGCCGCUUCAUCGCCAAAUCGUACUACAAGCCCACGCCCGGCGGCCUCCCCGGCAACAGCGAUGCCGGCGCCAUGGAGUCGUGGCUCCUCUGGAACAUGAUUGGCCUGUACCCCAUGACGGGGCAGACCACCUUUCUCAUCGGCUCGCCCUGGUUCAAGGACCUGACCAUUUCGCUGGGCGGCGGCGGCAAGACGCUCAGCAUCACGACUUCGGGCGGCAGCGAGGACGCGUACUAUGUGCAGUCGCUCAAAGUUAAUGGCGAGGCCUGGGACAAGAGCUGGGUCAGCUGGUACGAUGUCUUUGCGGAGGGGGGUAGCUUGGAUUUCGUGCUGGGUGCGGAGCCCAAGAAUUGGACGACGGGGGCCACGCCGCCGAGUCCAGGGAGUGUGAGUGUUGAUGAUGCGAGGAGGAUGUUGACGGCUAUGUACAAGGGGAGCGUGUCGGAGUUGUAG